AUGCGACUCGAUGAGAGAUACGUUCCGUACUUACAGAUGGCCGGAUUAUACCAUCUUGUAAGGUUGAACGAUAGAUGGUUCCAGUUAGAUGAGGCCCUUGUCAGUGCCUUCAUCGAGCGGUGGUGUCCGAAGACGCACACCUUCCAUAUGCCGUUCAGAGAGUGCACGAUCACACUUCAGGACGUGGCGUACCAGUUGGGGUUGUCAGUGGACGGGCGUUAUGUCAGCGGCUGCCUUACAGAUUUCCAGAAAUACAUCCAGGGUGGCCGUCCAGCUUGGGUGUGGUUCCAGGAGUUGCUUGGAGUGAUUCCUCCUCCGAGCCAGGUUCAGAAAUUCGCAGUAAACUACAGCUGGUUCCAGGAGACUUUUGGUGAGUGCCCCGAGGCAGCCGAUGAGGAGACUGUGCGAAGAUUUGCACGUGCCUACAUCAUGAUGUUGUUGGACACGCAGUUGUUUGCCGACAAGUCCGGCAACCGCAUUCACAUCAGAUGGCUUCCCUACGUAGCUAGGCUUGAAGAGAUGGGUACCUACAGCUGGGGGUCUGCAGCACUGGCAUGGUUGUACCGGUGCAUGUGCCGAGUGACGAACAGACAUAUGGUCAAGUUAGCGGGCCCACUACAGCUACUUCAGUCCUGGAUCUUCUGGUGCUUUCCUAGGUUUAGGCCUGCAGGGUAUGAUACGUCCAGCUGGCCGUUGGCCUCGAGGUGGUCAAGUUACAACCCUUCCAGUAGCGAGAAGGGUCCUAGAGUGCAGAUGUGGAGACUGAGGAUAGACAUGUUAUAG